GGUCGCUUUCCUCCAGUUCUACUGCUGUGCCAAUAGACGAGUGGAAGGCGAACUUGUGUUACACGGAUUUUAUCCGUACCCAGGAGGCUGGGAAAGUGAGAAGGGGGAGUUAAGAGAAAGUCCUGAAUUGGCUAAGUUUUGUGUCGCUUAUUCACCCCACAGUGUCCUAGCUCUCGUUUCCUUAUCUAUCGUGCUGUGCUGUUCAUAACGGGACGGAAUGGGCCGUCGUUCGUGCAAAUUACUGGAUGUCAUCGCUUGCUUCUUUCAAUUGACUUUAUUUGCCUUUCGUGCUUUGGCUAACCUCCCUGUACAUUACGGAGUAGUGGGUGGAAAGGCCUCUUUGCCUUGCAACAUCACAGUCACCGCCGGUGACGAGACGAUAGCCUUGAUCCUCUGGUACAAAGGAGAGUCACUCGUGCCUAUAUACACAUUGGAUGCUAGGAAUCAUCCCGUACAACAAGCUCGACAUUUUCCGAGCACAGAACUGGGUUCUCGAGCCUACUUCGAUGUGACUUUAAAAACUCCAAGUCUUACAAUUUAUCCAGUGAACUUUGAGGAUGAAGGAGAAUAUAAAUGUCGUAUUGAUUACAGACGAUCCAGAACUGUGAGCCACAGCGUCCGACUUAAGGUUAUUGUUCCACCACGUGAGACCAUCAUAAGGAAUGAAGAAGGCAACAAACUGGAAGGAGUUAUCGGUCCAUACGACGAAGGCUCUUCACUUAACCUCAUCUGUGAAGCCAGCGGAGGAAAAAAAUAUAUAUUCUCUAAGUGGUUAGUUCAAUGCUGCUUUUGGCCAACUCUCUUUACACCGUUAUUAGUUCCACCACGUGAGACCAUCAUAAGGAAUGAAGAAGGCAACAAACUGGAAGGAGUUAUCGGUCCAUACGACGAAGGCUCUUCACUUAACCUCAUCUGUGAAGCCAGCGGAGGUGACCCAUCACCAUCUGUGACUUGGUGGCAAGAUUCUUCUUUACUUGAUGACAGUUUUUCUUCGAUGGAAAAUGGAAUCGUCAGAAACGAGCUUCACUUGCCAAAACUGGAGAGAUCAGAUUUAAUGACUGGAUUGGCUUGUCAAGCAUCGAAUACCAAUCUCACCGUCCCUAUUAUUGGCACAGUAACAUUGGACAUGAAUGUUAAACCUCUAGACGUUUACUUUACUGGUGUGAAUCCGUUGGCAGCUGGUAAGGAAGGAAGUCUUGUAUGUGAAACUACUGGAUCUCGUCCUCCGGCAACUCUUAGUUUCUGGAAAGACGGGAAACAAGUGCAGACGUUGGAAGAAGAUAUUUUGCAAGAUGACGUCAGAACUAGAAGCAAAGUGACUUUUGUACCAUCUGCCGAAGAUAACGGAAAAUAUCUCCUCUGUCGAGCUGACCAUCCUACUCUUCCCAAUAGCACUCUUGAAAACGAACUGAAGUUGGAUGUUCAGCUUAAACCUCUAGACGUUUACUUUACUGGUGUGAAUCCGUUGGCAGCUGGUAAGGAAGGAAGUCUUGUAUGUGAAACUACUGGAUCUCGUCCUCCGGCAACUCUUAGUUUCUGGAAAGACGGGAAACAAGUGCAGACGUUGGAAGAAGAUAUUUUGCAAGAUGACGUCAGAACUAGAAGCAAAGUGACUUUUGUACCAUCUGCCGAAGAUAACGGAAAAUAUCUCCUCUGUCGAGCUGACCAUCCUACUCUUCCCAAUAGCACUCUUGAAAACGAACUGAAGUUGGAUGUUCAGCAUGCUCCCGUGUGCAAACAACAGUACGUUGCAAUCAUUGAAAUAACCAAAGACGAGCCAACUAAUGUCACAUGCGAGGUCGAAGCUGAUCCAACAGAUUCCACGUUUCAUUGGACUCUCAACAACACUGUGGAUGACAUUGAUGUUCAAACAUUAUUUGCUAAUGGGACAAUGACGAUGAUAACUUAUAUUCCUAGAACGUCAUUGGACUUUGGAGAAUUGCUUUGCUGGGGUAGAAACAGCGUUGGAGUACAGAAGUACCCUUGUGUCUUCAGAAUUAACGAAAUAGUCAACACAGAACAAACAAGUGUAAGUCCAAUAUUGGGUGUCCUCAUAGGAAUUGUUGGAGUGCUGGUGCUGUUAGCAGGAGUUGUCAUAUUUAUUAUGCGUUUAAAUGGAGGAGAUUCCGAUAAAGUUCAACCCCAUAUCGAGAUAGAAACCAAGAUUGAAGAUUCAUUGAAGAAAGAAAUUGAGGAAUUACAAGAUACCACUGGAAAAGGUCCGGACAUCAUUCCACCAAACAAUGAUACUCAGAUUACAACAUACGAAUCGAGAAGGGAAAGUCAUCGUUCACGACCCGCAGGACCUUCUUAUUCAACUUUUUCUUCUUCCGAAGAAAUCAGUGAAAAUAUCACAAGUAUUCUACCUCAAAGGGUAACAAAGCCAAAUAGUGAAGUGUUGUAUGCGGAGCUGUCAUUUCCAACCGCACCUCGGCAACACCUCUUGAGACAAGCUGGCCCAUCAAUAGAAUACGCUGAGAUCGACUUUGUUCGUUCAAGAAUGCCACAAAGAAGGCCACCGAGCCCAGAUACGGGACCAUUCACCAAUAUAACGAAUGAGAAAUAA